UUCCUUGGCCUUUGGAUGAAUCAAAUUGCUGGGGAUGGUAUCAAUGGCGAAUCCUCCCACAUCCACUAUCAAAAUCCCAGGGUCAUUACGUUUCCACGACAACACCAGCGAGGCUCGUCCAAUGGGUUGCGGCGACAGAAGCGAGACUGGGUCAUUCCACCAAUCAACGUGCCAGAGAACUCCAGAGGACCCUUCCCUCAAGUUCUUGUCAUGAUUCGAUCGGACCAGGACAAAGAGAUUGAGAUCCGGUACAGUAUAACAGGAGCCGGAGCAGACCAGCCUCCUAGUGACGUCUACAUCAUUGAUCCUGUGACUGGGAAAAUGUCUGUCACUAAACCUUUGGACAGAGAGGAGAGAGCCUCUUACCAUCUCAGAGCCCAUGCUGUGGAUAUUAAUGGGAACCAAAUGGAGCCUCCUAUUGAUCUUUUCAUCUAUGUCAUUGACAUGAAUGACAACAGACCCGAGUUCAAGAACCAGGUCUACAAUGGAUCAGUCGCUGAAUGGUCCAAACCUGGCACUUCUGUAAUGCAGGUUACGGCCUUUGAUGCCGACGACAGCACCACGGCGAACGGGCUGGUGCACUAUCGCAUCCUGAGCCAGACGCCUCACAUGCCCUUUCCUAACAUGUUUACCAUUAACGGAGCCACAGGAGAGAUCAGCACCAUCGGUUCAGGCAUCGACAGAGAGAAAGUGCCUCAGUACACCAUCAUAGUGCAGGCCACUGAUAUGGAGGGAAGUCUGAACUUUGGCCUGUCCAACACCGCCACGGCCCUUAUUAGCAUUACUGACAUCAACGACAACCCGCCAGAGCUGGAUGCUAAAAUGUUCCUUGGAGAGGUCCCAGAGAAUGCUGUGGGUGUGGUCGUGGCCAAUUUGACUGUCAGAGACAAGGAUCAGCCUCAUACACCCAACUGGAAUGCCGUCUAUAGGAUUACUGGAGGAGAUCCAAUGGGCCAUUUUGCCAUACGCACUGAUGAGAUCACCAACGACGGCAGGGUCAUAGUGGUUAAGCCAGUUGACUAUGAGAGGAACGGAGCCUUCAUGCUGAUGGUGGUGGUCUCGAAUCAAGCUCACCUGGCCAGUGGGAUCGCCUCCUCGCCCUCCUCCUCUGCUAGUGUUACGAUCACAGUGCUGGAUGUCAACGAGGCCCCCGUGUUCCCGUCCAAUCCUAAAGUCAUCCGCUUUGAAGAGGGAGUGCCUGCUGACACCACCCUCGCUACUUUCGCUGCACUGGAUCCAGACCGCUUCAUCCAGCAGACUAUCAGGUACUCCAAACUGUCGGAUCCAGCCAACUGGCUGAAAAUCAACAGGACCAAUGGAAAGAUCACCACCAUGGCAGUGCUGGAUCGUGAGUCGCCGUAUAUGAAGAAGAAUGUAUAUGAAGCAACCUUUUUGGCCGUGGAUAACGGUUCCCCUCCUGCCACAGGAACCGGUACUCUCCAGAUUUAUUUGAUUGAUGUGAACGACAACGUUCCUGUCCUAGAUCCUCAGGAGGCCCUGGUUUGCGAGAGGUCACGACAUGGCUAUCCGGUCAACAUCACAGCCACGGAUUUAGAUUCAGAACCCAACGCUGGUCCAUAUGUAUUUGAGCUGCCCUCUUACCCCUCUUCUGUGCGCCGUAACUGGACCAUUUCACGCCUGAAUGGGAAUUAUGCCCAGUUGAAACUGCGGAUCCCGUACCUGGAGGCAGGCAUGUACAGAGUGUCCAUUUUAGUUACGGACUCUGGAAACCCUCCACUGUCCAACACCUCUGUGUUGAAGGUGAAGGUGUGUCCCUGUGAUGAAAACGGAGACUGUACUGUGAUCGGGGCGGUGACUGUGGCCGGGCUGGGAACUGGAGCUAUUAUCACCAUCCUCAUCUGUAUCAUUAUACUGCUCAGUAUGGUUCUGUUCUUUGUGGUGUGGGUGAAACGAAGGGAGAAGGAGCGUCAGACGAAACCCUUAUUGAUCGACCCUGAGGAUGACGUCAGAGAUAAUAUUCUGAAGUAUGAUGAAGAGGGAGGAGGAGAGGAAGAUCAGGACUAUGACCUGAGUCAGCUGCAGCAGCCCGAGUCUCUAGAUCACAUAAUGAGCAAGCCUGCAGGUGUGCGGAGAGUGGACGAGAGACCCGUUAUCCUAGAAUCUCAGUACCCUGUUCGGCCAACGGUACCACACCCAGGGGACAUCGGGGAGUUCAUCAUUGACGGUCUGCGCGCGGCAGAUAAUGACCCCACCGCUCCCCCCUACGACUCCCUGCUGGUGUUUGACUACGAGGGUAGCGGCUCCACAGCGGGAUCCGUUAGCUCCCUGGACUCCUCCAGCUCUGGGGAACAGGACUACGACUACCUCAAUGACUGGGGUCCUCGCUUCAAAAAGCUGGCGGACCUCUACGGGGGAGGGGGAGAGGACUGAAGUCGGAAACGAGAGGAACACGGAGGGGAACGGAGAGGGCCAGGAGGGACAAUUGGCUUCUUGGAUGUUUUAUCGAGAAGCCGUACGCCAAGCCUCUGACGUGGGCUGAUUCUCUCUCAACUAAAGUUCCUCUGCACGCUACGGAGGCAUUGAGAGGGGAGGAUAUUGCCCUGCAGCCUGCUCUGGACCUUUGCUGCAAUCCACAAGUAUUUUACGGCUUUUUUACAAUAUUCCGCGUUGUGGUUUCUUCAGUGUUGUUUUGUCAUUCCUCUCGGACCACCUAGAGGCUUAAGAUGGAAUCGAGUUGCGAUGGGGACGGCUAACUCUCAGCGUGCGGGAAUAGAAAAAAAAAAAACACGAGUGCGCUCUUGUUUUUUUCCCCUUCGCUUUAUCACUAAAGAGAGUUCCACACACACUUUUUUCUCUCAACUUGAAUUUCAGUAGAACAGAAGCACUGUUGUUGAUAAAGUGCCUUUUGUGGUGUGUUUUGUAUCGGACUCCUGCAAUCUCAGGGUCGGUUGCCAUUUUGAAAAGUUUCUUCUGUUGGGCACACACUCCCUCGUUCCGGUCUGCUCCUCUCGACUACCUUUUGCUUUCCUUUCAUCCCUGCUUUAACGGUGCACAACACCUCUUUGACUACUAUGUGGGGGAAAAAAACAAAGGAAACAAAAAAUGUUGUCAAAACUUUUGUUGAUAAACACAGGACUCAUUUCCCCUUAAGAAAUGUCAUUCUCCCCUGAUGAGAAAUUGGAGCGUAUGAAGUACAGUGA